AUGACUAACAGAAUAAACUUUCGGAUGAAUAUAAGGUCCGUAAACCAGAUUUGGACUAGUGCAAUUUUCCAUCCGUGCCAAGAUGAGUUUCCACCAAACCUUGAUAAAAAUAGAAUUAGAGAUUGGUCAAGGCUUUUCUUCAGAACAACCAUGGAAGGACGGCAUGAUCAACCGCGACGGAAUAUUCAGGUACAAGUACUUUUUACACAGAACAUAGCAUUACUAUUAAGUCAAUCGCAUAGAAACAUUAUGAUGACUUCAUUAUUCAGGCUAAAUACAAAACAGUGCCAGGAUUGUUCCUGA